UUCAUAUUCGAAAAGAAAAAGUUACACAGAAUGUUGUUCAAGACAAAGCGUGUUUUUUUUUCCCUUAGAGACUAGACUUGACUCAACUCGCCCCUGGCUCCACCCCACAUAUCUCGGCCUCCUCCUACGUGUAAAGACUGCUGUUCUUGACAUACAAGCAUCUCAGAAAGAGAGGAGGAAAAAGAACUUUCACCUCCUCCCGCCCUCCUCCCAUCCCUCUUUUCCUCCCUCCUCCAGACUCUUAUCGGGUUCAGCAUUGCGCAGCCGCUGCACUUCGCGUCGUCGGACAACGGCUCCUGUCACGGCCAGGUUUCUCAUUGCAUUUUCCGAACUGGAUUAAGUUCUGUGUGGAAACAAGUGAUAUUUGAAUCCGCAGGAGGAGAGCACGGAGAGAGGAGGUGCGUGUCGGGUGUCCUGCUGCCGCUCCUGCUCCGGUUCUUUUACGCACGGAUAUGUGAGGCUGUUUACAGGACUGACAGCUGAAGAGAAAAACACAUUUAUUAUUGCGAUAAACAGAAAGUAUCGUCUCGUCGCUGCUGGCGCUGGAGAUUAAAGUCCGGGUUAAGACCGGGGGCUUUUCCAGGUUGGAUCGAGAACAAAAAAAGUUGGGAAAACUCGGGAUCAGUGGAAAACCAGAACAGGAACAGGAUUGAGGUAGAAGCAGCUGACUGUUGAAUGAUGGCGUUGAAAGCCAGAGUGUUGUAUGACUUCAGCUCUGAAAACCCUGGAGAGAUUUCUAUCGCAGAAAAUGAGCUGGUGACUCUGUACACGGAGGAGUAUGAGGGGUGGCUGAAGGGGGAGAACAGCAGGGGGGAGUCUGGACUCUUCCCCGCCUCCUACGUGGAGAUCAUCAGGGACCACAUCACCUCCAGCAGCACCAACAACAACAAUGGCUUCUCCUCAUACAAAUCCAAAGCGGUGCCGACCACCCAGUCGUCCUUCACACCCCCUGAAACCCAUCACCAGAAGGAGCCUGGGGUUGGAAGCGUCGGCAGCGGGGGAGGGAGCAGCUUCCACACCAGCCAGGGCAGCGAUUAUGACGACUGGGACGACGACUGGGACGAGCCUUCUACGGCCGCAGGUGUGCCUCAGGGUUUUGGCAACAUGCCGCCCAUAUACCCGGUGACCACGUCCCUGCCCGCACGCCGUGAGAGCGGGCGACAGCACCACCAGCAGGCCAAGAGCUCGGCCACCGUGGGGAGGAACCUCAACAGGUUCUCUACCUUUGUGAAGUCCGGAGGCGAGGCCUUCCUGCUGGGCAAGGCUUCAGCUCCCGUGAAGGACGGGGACAAGAUCUGCGUGGUGAUGGGGAAGCACGGCCCAGAGUGGCAGGACGACCCGUACCCGUUCACGUGCACCAUUGACGACCCCACCAAGCAGACCAAGUUCAAAGGCAUGAAGAGCUACAUGUCCUACGGCCUGACUCCGACACACACUAACAUUCAAGUCAACCGCAGGUAUAAACACUUUGAUUGGCUCUACGCUCGCCUGGUGGAGCGGUUCCCCGUCAUCUCCGUGCCCCACUUGCCUGAGAAGCAGGCCACGGGGCGCUUUGAGGAGGACUUCAUCUCCAAGAGGAGAAAGGGUCUGAUCUGGUGGAUGAACCACAUGACCAGCCACCCUGUGUUGGCACGCUGUGAUGUUUUCCAGCAUUUCCUGACAUGUGGGGUGGACGAGAAGGCCUGGAAACAGGGCAAGAGGAAGGCGGAGAGGGACGAACUGGUCGGCGCUAACUUCUUCCUCACUAUCAGUACUCCCGAUGUACCCCUGGAUCUCCAGGAAGUGGAGAGCAAAAUCGAAGGCUUCAAGACCUUCACCAAAAAGAUGGAUGAGAACAUCGUGGUCGUCAACACCACCAUUAACGAGUUCGCCCGUAAACAGAUGGCAGGUUUCAAGAAGGAGUACCAGAAAGUGGGACAGUCUUUCAAAGUCCUGGCCCAGUCUUUCGACAUGGACCAGCAGGCCUAUUCCGCAGGUCUGAACAAGGCCAUCGCGUACACGGGUGAAGCCUACGAAGCUAUAGGAGACUAUUUUGCUGAACAGCCACGUCAGGACCUGGAUCCCAUAUCUGACCUCCUUGACCUCUACAGAGGACACAUGGCCAACUUCCCUGACAUCAUCCAUGUGCAGAAAGGUGCAUUGACUAAAGUCAAAGACUGUCCACAGCGUGAAAGUGACCUCCACGAUCGCUGCAACAUAAUUUCCUGCGCCACACUGGCUGAGAUCCAACACUUCCAUCGCACACGUGUACGGGACUUCCGUUCACAGAUGCAGCAUCACCUACGUCAGCAGAUUAGCUUCUUCCAGAAGAUUACAGCCAAACUGGAGGACGCUCUCCAGAGAUACGAUGAGGACCAGUAAAAAAAAAAAAGUGGGAUUUGAGCAGGAGGGAACCAGAGAUUGAUGUCCUCGACCUCCAAUGACAACAUCUCCACAACCUGCCUCAGAGGAAAACCUUGGAGAUUUGUCCUGUUUGGGAUCCUGGCUCUGGUUGGAGUGCCUUACAGAACCACGACCUCUGAACAGUUCUGAUGAAUGUACCAGUGAUGGGGAUUUUGCUGACGCCGUGUGGACGUCUGGAGAUGUAGCAGGAAAACAGCGAUGUUAAAAACAGCUGUUCCUUCUGCCAGAUGUCGUCUUUUUUCUUCUCCCUUUGUUCAGGUCACGUGAUCACUUCAUGCCUUUCGUGACAAUUUCCUUAACCAAACGUGAACGUAGGAAUAAUUUUACAUUUCUCCUGGAUGGACGAGCGUGACAGAGCGGACGACACAAAUAAUCUCCAAAUAUUAUAUUUACUUUAACUACCUGCUCAGUAUUGUUUGGAUGGGACUUGUAGGGACUUGAACUGUUGAUGAACUGAAUGAAAGUGACUGUGAGUUUAAAAAGCAAAUUUGAGAUUUUUCAAUAACCAACAAUAAAUCAAAAACACUUGGGAAA